GUCCGUCGGACGGGAGGUGAUACUUGAACGGCUGCGGGCGCGGGCGAGUGCCGCGGAGCAAGGGCGCCAGCAGAGGUGACAGCAUGGCUUCCCGGGACGCCCCGCCGGCCACCAGCUACGCCCCGCCCGACGUGCCCUCGGGGGUCGUGGCUUUGUUCCUCACCAUCCCCUUCGCCUUCUUCCUGCCGGAGCUGGUGUUUGGAUUCUGGGUGUGGACGCUGGUGGCUGCUACUCAUGUGGCACAACCCUUGCUGCAUGGAUGGGUGCUGUAUGUCUCGCUCACGUCGUUUCUCAUCUCCCUGAUGUUCCUGAUGUCCUACCUGUUUGGGUUCUACAAACGAUUUGAUUCCUGGAGAGUUCUGGACAGCCUGUACCACGGAACCACAGGCAUCCUGUACAUGAGUGCUGCUGUCCUGCAAGCACAUGCCACUAUCGUUUCUGAGGGCAAAGACCACAACCAAUACUACAUCAAUGUUGCAGCCUCGUUCUUCGCCUUCCUCACCACCCUGCUCUAUAUUUUGCACGCCUUCAGCAUCUAUUAUCACUGAAGCGCAGGGAGGCCCAAACCCAGUGAGAUUCAUCUCUGAAGGGCGCGUGAUCACCCACCAAAGCAGGUCUUGCCAUUCCACUUCCGGGUGAUGAAUCCACCAAGCCACCCACGGGGUCAACAGACCAUCUUUCUGGAAUGUAUGAGGAGACUCACUUUGGCAUUUUCCUCUUUGGACAUUUUUACUCCUUGUGGUGACUGUGAGAAAACUAUCCGGCCCACCACCACCACCAAAGAUGACUGCCCCUCCCCCUGCGCUGAAGAUUCCUCCAUCCCCACCUCAAACCCCUCUCCCCAGCCACCGCCGCUGUCCUGAAGAUGGCUGCCUUUUGGAGUUUCCUGAAGGUGAACUCAGUUUUUCUAGAAAAUCAACCUUGAACCCUGCACCCAGCAUUCAAAAUGCCAGCUCUGCUGCCACUCCUGUUUAGGAUCUUUUCGUCACUGGUGCUCCCUGUGGUAGGUUUAGGGGACAUUCAAUCUUAUUUUCUUAAACAGGCAAGGCUCCAGAAAGCCCAACGGUUUAACGCCCUUGCACAGGUCUUCCUUGUUAGCUUCUGAUGUUGGCCUGGAGCAGUUGUGACUUGCCUUCCUCCCCCAUCACACCCCUACUUCCUCUGCAUUAACGACCCAUGUUUACCCCACACUUGAGGGUAAAUGUGUAGGAGAACUGAGCGGUUGGUAUUCGGGAUCUCAGAAUGGGAAAGACUAGCCAGUUGAUGCAUAAGCCAGCUCCUUGGGAAGCUGCAGGGCUCAGUGCGCCUGCGCCUGCGUGGACCGUCAAAGCCCAACCAAGCUAAGGACUAGGCGCUUCCUCAUCCUUCAGAAGAGACUUCAGCAAAGGAGAUGGGAACACAGCAACCGUAGAUUUACCUUCAGGCGCCUCCCAGACGCACACAGGGGAAAGUCGUUGCUGUAUUGUGGUGGCUGUAAAAAGACCCACUGGAGGUCUGUGCUCAUUUCUGUGUGCCCUCAACUCUUCCUGGGGACCCUCUGGGUGGGGACAGUCCGUAGGAUUCAUCAUGGGAGGAUAUUUGUGUUGGGGGCCUUUGGGGUUUUGCCAAGAACGGCCUCAAAAACCAACCAAACAAACAAAAAACAAGAAGAAAACAAAAACAAAACAAAAAAAGCAUGAAGUUAAUCAAGCACUCCCCAGAGCUAGCUGGGCUUUCUGUCCUAUUACCAUGUGGGAAGCAACUAGGCCCUCACCCGAGGGCCCCUGCAUGCCGAGGGUCCUCGCCCAACAGGCCAACAGGACACAGCCCCAAAACGCCUAAAUAAAUGAUUGCCAAAAGGGACUUUUGAAGCCAGCUUUUCUCCUUCCGGUGUGUUGGGAGAGGGUGGGCGUGCAGACUUAGCUCCACUUUUGUUUACCAAUCACUAAUUGCCCUUAUAUCUUGAAAAGCCACCACUUAGCUCUUAUUUUGUAGCCUGGCAGCUGUCUGUGAUGUUCGCCGUUAGAUAUUUACCGAAUGGCCACGUGCAAAUAAAAGAUGUUUGUAGAGUGGGAA